UGUUGCUGUGCACAAUAGUUGCGUUACGAUUCACGAUCAGCAAUUUGUCGAGAAACUUCCUUGCCACAAAAUUAUAAAAUGCAGAUAUUUCUCACUAAUUUUUCCCAGUGUUGAAUAUAAAGCACUUGGAGUGCGUUUCCGCAAGAUUUCUUGUGACACGACAAACUGCACUUGGCAAAAAGUAAACAUGUGUUCUGUUAGCUAAUGAAUAAAUUGGUUAUAACGUCAGGAGCAUUUUUUUUUUGCAUCGAAUUUAAAGUUUAGAUUUGUAAGAUGUACAAGUCGCAGUUCGUCGGUUUGGACGACAAGCCAUGUGAUACGAAAUGCUUGUUGUGCGAUCAUGUGUUUGUCCUUCCGACAGACGAGACGGAUUUUCUCACGCAUUUGUUUAAAGAGCAUCGCCUUGUCAUAGCUGACGUUUGGAAAAUAGCUAGUUUGAGGAGUCAGAUAUGGUAAUCCUUGAUAAUUUCAGUUAUGUACAUUACUGGAGUGUAAAAUUUAAAGAAACACCAUUGACAACUUAUUGUAGCACAUUGCUAAUGGAUUGUACACCAGAUGGAAAACCAAGUAAAAAUGAACAUUAUUUUCUGCUCUCUGACUGUUUGUCGGAGGACAAGACUUUGAGAAACGAGAUACACCAAGCUAAACUGGAAUGGACAUUGGCGCAACAAGCUGCUGAACGUGCAGAUACUAGUUUUAAGCGUGGCUGUAUAUUCUGUCGUACUGAAAUCUGUGGAUCACGUGCAGCAUAUAUAAAACAUUUGUAUCAAAAGCACAAUCUUCAUCUUGGCAAGCCAGAAAACUUGGUGUUUGUCGAUGAGCUUCUGGACAAAAUCCAAAACAAUAUAGAAAGUUUAAUAUGCAUUUAUUGUGAAGGAACAUUUAAAGAUCGUACAGUAUUAAAGGAGCAUAUGAGAAAAAAAUUUCAUAAGUGCAUAAAUCCUCAUAAUAAAGCAUAUGAUAAAUUUUACAUAAACAAUUAUCUAGAGCCAGAAAGGACUUGGAAGCAAAAACAGGCUAAUUCUAAAACAAAUUCCGACGUAGGAGGUGGCAGUAGCGAAAAUGAGGAUGAGGAAAAUUCAUGGUCCGAUUGGAAUGAUGACUCUAUCGGAAUAAUAUGUCUAUUUUGUAAUUAUAACAACAAUGAAUUUACUUGUAUCUUGAAGCACAUGAAAGAGGCACAUAGUUUUGAUUUUGAAGAAACUGUUAAAGACUUAACCUUUUAUCAGAAAGUGAAAGUAGUCAAUUACAUAAAAAGACAAAUUCAAUUACAACGAUGUAUUUUCUGUGAAACAGAAUCGGACAAUAUUUUGGAGCAUAUGAAAGAUCAACAGCAUUGUAAAAUUGCUGCACAAAAAGUUUGGGAUCAACCAGAAUAUUAUUUUCCCAUGUCCGAAAAUGACUCAUUUUUAUAUAAUCUCGAUGCAACUAGUAACAGUGAUGAAGAAAGUGACGUUGAGAAUCUUACUGAAGCAAUGUGUAAUUUAUAAAUAAUUUUCCGUGAAUAGAAGCUGAAUUUCAUCAGAUAUUCUACUAACGAAUAAUUUUGUUGACUUAUAUUAUCUUGUAAAAUACUAUAUUACAUCUUUAUGUAUUAAAAUCUUACAUAUUUGUGUUGUUACAAUAUAAUAAAUUUAUCUAUAAUA